UUCGACCUUCGUCACUCCCGAGCCCGUACGGGAGUUGUAGCGAUGAUAGUAGCUACUAACAAUUGGAUACCACGAAAUUGGGGAUAAAAUUCAACAACAAAAAAAACAAAAAAAGUACGAUGUAACCAGUGAGCGCAGAAUACAGACUCAAUUGGUUUAAAACAAUAGAGUUCAGUGAUGUAACCCCAGGUGUGGUUUACUGUAACAUUAAGAUCCCUUUAUUGGUCAAAUACACACAAGGCCCAACUGAACUGUGACUUCCACUUUUUAACCCAACACCUCUAAAAGACUCAUACAUACACAUAAAUAUAGAGGUUUUGGAGAGGUGCAGGGGACUACCACACUGGGCGCCUGGGGAGCUGUUGCUGGGGGGGUUAAGUGCCCCGCUCACGGACACAACGGCAGACAAUGGAAUCUAGGAUUUGAUACCAGCAACCCUCCGGUUGCCAGCUUACUUCCCAACAGAUUUUUCCCGGCAGACCCGGGAUUCAAACUGGCAACCGUCCGGUUGCUGGCUCGCCUCUAACCACUAGGCUACCUGCUACCCUGCCAUACCUGGAUCAGUCAUGGAAUCUGAGAAUCUUUGGACCGAUCUCAUCCUGACCCCUCCUGUUGAUCUGUCUGAAGUUUAUCUUAGCUUUAACAGUUUCACAAGUUUAUCUACGAAUGGCUUUGAUUCUCUAUAUGGUUGAAUAGAUGGGUGGGCUCCAGGAUGUACAGUAAACAUGAGGAAGUGGAGAAAAGAUUGGCUGCAUAUGACAUUGAUCGUGGCUACAUGAGUGGGGGUUCAGAGAGGAUGUUGCACUCAGACAUACCCGUUCAGGUUACGUUGAGGUAGAGGUGAGGGAGGGCGGUGUCACGUGGAGCCCCCCUCUGAUCCAGAGAGCAUGUCGUGGUGUGCUGUCACAGAGCCAUGACCCCGCCCUCAGCAACAGGAUACCUGUGAUGGAGAGAGGACAAAAUCAGUUCGUGUCACUUUACUGAGACACACACAUUAUUUUGAUCACAGUCACUUAGCAGAUGUUCUUGUCAAGUGCCUCUUGAACUCUCGUCGACACCCAGGCCUAGGCAGUAAAUGUGGCCCAUGUGAUACGGUGAACUGAUAACCAUGGUGUUGCCCAAACCUUGUCCAAGCAACUGAGUCGUACAAUCCACUCCUACAGUCAAGAGAAGUGGUUCUCAUUCUUACAAUAUGUACUAUAUGCAGGCUACUGCUCACAUGUACACACAUCCUGACACGUAUUUGUCCAUGAGCACACAAUCACAAGGGUACAGCAGGCAAACAGAAACACACCCUCUGUGUGUGAGCACAAUGCAUUUGUCAACACAGUGCUGUUUAAACUGGACCUUCCCUGGACUACGGUAUGUCAGCAGUAGCAACACUGACUCUUGACAUGGCCAUGAGAAAAAUGUGCCUAUUUGAAUUUUUAUUUAAAUGAACUCUCAUUGGAGACCCCUGCAGUGGACUUCACUAAUACAGUAUGUAGAAUGCUUUGUGGACUUCACUAGAUUUCUGUGAAAUCGGGGGAGCCUGGACUAGUGAAACUUAAUGUGGCCAUAACGUGUGGUUAUUUGCUCUAUGACCUUGUGCUUCUGGCCACUAACUGGAGCACAAUGGGGGACAGCUUUUUUGUCUGCCACCACUUGGCGGCGCUCUAUGCAUAUGGAUAUGUCUUGUCUCGUGGUGUGCUUCCCUAUUUCGCCAACUUCCGUCUCAUUUCAGAGUUAUCCACACCUUUUGUGAACCAAAGGUGGUUCUACGAGGUGCUGAAGUACCCUCGCUCGGACCGCUUGGUUGUGGCCAACGGCAUGGCCAUGGCAGUGGUCUUCUUCAUGGUGCGCAUCUUCGUCAUGCCUCCCUACUGGGCCCGGGUGUUUGCCACCUUCGGAACGGAGGCCUUUGAGCGCUUGGGCAUCGGUGCUCAGGUGGCCUGGAUAACAUCCUGUAUCGCCCUGGACAUCCUCAACACCAUCUGGAUGUACAAGAUCGCCCGCGGCUGCUACAAGGUCAUGAUGGGCGCCCGCGGCAGGAAGGCCAAAGAGGUCUCCCCGCUCAAGCAGAACCAUGUGAAUAACCACACAGACUAAGAGAUACUGGCCGGAGGGGGGAGAUAGACAGACUCUGUGGAAGGGAGACAGGAAGGACUUCAAGGGCUCUUAUAGCCCCUGCUAGCUCUAACCUUACUAUUAUCUCCAUACCCAGAAAUCAUGCAGCCGAAUGGAUUCAGGUCCUCAUCAGAUUCAGCCUCACAGAAUGAGACUGGUCCCACACUAGCUUCUGUACCUCAGUGUUUCAUCAAUGGUAUGGUGGUACCCUGGCUGGGUUUGGUUGGAGAUGACAGAGUAGCUGUUAAGUAAACUCCUUCUUGUUCACCUUCAACUUCAACCCAAACUCAGUCAUCUGAAGUGCCUGUGAUGGACAAGUAGAAAGCAAUAAAAUAAGAAACCGCAUUCUGGCUCUGUCAGAGACUCCCUCGGCCAUCAUCCUUUACCCUUUUCAGUUCCCUGACCCGUCCACCCAGAGGAGAGCCUCCUGCUUUGCCCACAGAAUAAGUACCUGUUAGUGUGCUAGUUUGACAGACCGAGACACCGCAAUGCCUCUUACUGCAUUUGCUGUGGCCUCCUUUUUAUGAACACCACCUACAUCGCCAGCAGACCGGUCGCCCUCUCACAGCAACAGUUCAGAUUGAAUCACCACUGGAUUUCCCAUCCACAGCCUGGAUGCACAUCCAGGGGAAAUGGAGACAGGGAUGUGGGGAUUGGAUCCUACCGCUGCCGCCAACUCUCCGGAAUCAUGUUUUUUCAUUGGACGCUUCUCGUCCAGGGUCUGGCUGUGCUCUGUUUGCGUCUCUGGGAUCUCAGUUAUCCUAUUUGUUCCUCCUGUUACUCAACCUCAAAACCAGGAAUUGACAACGCGUCUUAACUACACUACACUAUCAUAACCCUCUGUCACAGCGGAGUGGUUAAAUCCAUCCAGUUUGAUGCUUCUGUUCUACCUCUCCCCUGCCUUAUAAAGACGUGUCAGUCCCUCCAUAUGAGAAUAAUCACAAUGAGGUUUUUUCUCCUUCUGUAAAGAUGUUUUAGCCUUUGAAAAGAUAUCAUCCAUUAUCUCUAGUUCAGUGGACUGGAAAGAACGUUUUCUCUGUUUCUCUGGAGAUUUUCCCAGCCACUGCAGUGUAACACUACUGUUAAACACAACCCUCGUUCUAGUGUCUAUCUAAGGUACCUCUGGGGAUUUUAACUUCCAUUUUUCUCCUCUAUUUUCUGUGUUGUAUUGAGAACUGAAUUUGGAACAAGAGAGGGUCCCUUUAGGGGGGGAAGCAUCCUUCUGUUUUAGGUGCUGUUCUGCCUACAGAGUGGCAGCCAUAGGAAUGCCGGAAAUGUGAUGUUCCCAAUCGUUUCUAUAGAUAUUCAUGUAAGAUCAAUUAUGAAUGACCUAUCUGACAAGAACAGCAAUACGCUGGCAAUGUUGUACUAUAUGUGUAGCCAUGUAAAGUCCUACUGUAUUACUCAGUUGGAAAUCGCCCUUUCAAAUCAAGUUGAUUUGAUUGAUUCAAAUCACAGAGCUUGUUAAGGAAACGUUGGAUUAUGAUGAUUUAUACUCUAGUUUGGAUCACUAAACAGGAUACAUAUGAAUUGCAUUAAUCUAUGGGUUCCUCUGCACUUCAUUUUAAUCAGUGUAUAUUUUAUGUUUUUCACCCAGCUGUAUUGAGUGCAUGUUAAGUGUUUUGUUUUCUGUCCUCCUCCUGUCCCUAAAGCGUUGACGUCGUUUGGACGGGGGUCUGAAAUGUUAGACUUUUCACUGUGGAAUUAAAGCACACUCCCCAUGGUGGAGCAAAACCCUUUUGAGCCCCUCCAUGUACCACCUAGGAGGGUUGUAUUGUCGUGCCUUUACGCAAACAGGAAAUCUUAUUGCAGUCCGGUCGAGAUUAGCAUGACAUUUUAAUGUAUAACUGCUGUUUUUCCUUUUUUUCUCGCUAUUGUAAUCUCUUCUCUCUAUGGAUACUGUUAUGUAUAUAUUUUUGUACCCUGCACAAUAAUGAAUCCAGACAAGUAUUCUCCAAAGUUGACCCCUCUGAAGGGCCUGCUUGUUUUUCUUCUGAAUACGGGAGCAGGUCUCGAUAUGAAUGUUGUGAUGGUUCUAGUGACAUUAGGAGGAGUGGGAAGUGGCUUAGAGGCUGCUGGUUAUGACCAGAAUGAAGAUGAGAUUGGAAAUGUAAUUAUUGUCAUGUAGUUAUUCAGCUACUUCAGCUCUGUUGAGAAGCUAGUGAGAUUCAGCUCACUCUUCUCACCCAGUCCUCCAAUACUUCAAGCUGUGAAUAGAGCAACAUGUUUAUCAUUCAUCAGUCAAGAAAACAAUAUUUACAACUGAGUACAUGUGCAGCCUGAUGAUGAGAUUUCUGGUGCGCCAGUAGGCUGUGGUGCGCAUUUAAGUCUGCUUCGGAUGCCUGUGAGAGAGGUUGUACUUCUGCACAAUGUCCAAAGUUUGUACAAACUAUUAAUUGGAUGUUUAGUGUUUCACUGGCUUCAGUGUGUCUGUGGUGUGUUGAAUUGCAAUGUAGACCUCUGGGUGAUUUAAAAUAGUCAAGUUUUGGUUUUUGGUAAUGAGGAAGUGACACGGCGGUUUCUGUAACAUCAUGCCCGAGUGCACUAGUAUCCGCAAGAAAUAACCGUGUGGCCUUCUAUCCCUUUUGGAAGGCUAACAUUGUGUAUUAAGAGGGUUUCAGGCCCUGGUGAGAAAUGAGGACAUGUUGUAGCUCCUGGAAGAACUGGUAGAACCGUUGCAUUUAUUUCAGCUGCAUUUCAUCUCUUUUGUAAGGUUGAACUUAGCAGCGUCUCAAGACUUUUAGCCAUUUGAUACUAAAUGCAAUGGAUUAGCCAGUAAAUAACCUUUGACUGAAUCCAUGUAUUCUUGCCCCAGCUUUUUGUGGACUCUCUCGGAUAGUCCUGCUUCACCUGUGGAGCAGAUCUGUAGACCGCAGCAGUCGCAUCCUUUAAGUCACAAGGAGGUGCGGAGAUGGAACAAAUUAAGUCAAGAAAAUAACUAAUAUAACUGAUAGUGAUGAAACGAGUGAACAUGAACUAAUGAGGAAAAAAAUCAUAGAUCAAAUGUUGCCAGUGGGUUUUUGGUUGUUUUUUUAUUAUUUUAAUGCAAUGACAUUUAUUGUUACAUUAUUUUCUGAAUAUUUUAAUGUGAAAAGAACAAUACACAGGCCUUAGGGUCCCUGUCUCAACACCAUGUGAUUUAGAUUGUCUGUCUACAAUGACCACUACUAAUGAUGUCGUUGUAGCACUGAAAGUUCAGAAUUACUUGAAAGUUUUGCUCUUCAAUAAAUUUGAAGACAGAAAAAAGA